CCGUUUCUAUUGGACAUGACGGGGAUCAGUCAUCGAUAGCUCAUAUAGUGUACGAACUGUUUAAAACACCCACCUGCUAUAGACAGCUUUAUAAUCAAUACUACCGCCGUGUCCUCACGAUCAUGCGCGUGAGUUUGUAGCGCUGAUAUUUGAGAGAGCACACUCACCCACUCGCCAGUAGAUCCUCCAAACCGCGUCAGGUACACGUUGCUUGAAACGUUGAGGAAACCGUGAAAACCUUUUUUUUUUUUUCAAACUGGAUGUCAACUUAAAUUGCCACUUUUUGUGAAUGGUGUAAAUUGCGUUUGGGAUAAUGGUGAGAAAGGGAUUAUGAUAGAAUAAUUCCAAAUCUACGGGAUGAUAAUAAAACAUGAGUGAAUAAACCAAAAAGAAAAUCGACCAUAUAACGACAAAAUGGCGACGGACAUAGGUAAUAUUAGCGAUAUGCUUAGUGACGCACCUCUCCUGCUUAUAAAAGUAAAACAGUUGACGUUGUGGAACGUUACUCAAUCUUUUGAUAAUAUUUCCGGUUGGGAAAAUUCUACAAUUAACGGAAGUUUUGCCAACAUGACCGUCGAUCCCGUACUGGAAAGAUUUCUUCCGUGGUCCCCGCCUACACUCAACUGGUUAUGGAUACUUCUCAUCCCCCUGUACAUUCAAAUCUUCAUUCUGGCCGUGCUGGGAAACGCCUUGGUCAUCUUGACCCUUAUACAGAACAAACGGAUGAGGACAGUGACAAACGUGUUCCUGUUGAAUUUGUCUGUGAGUGAUCUGCUCUUGGCUGUAUUCUGUAUGCCCUUCACCAUUGUACCAAUGAUGCUCAAGAAUUUCAUCUUUGGGGAAACCAUGUGUUACCUCAUCCGGUACCUACAAGGUGUGUCGGUAGCCACCAGUUGCUUCACACUGGUCGCCAUUGCUUUGGAGAGAUACUUCGCCAUUUGUAGGCCUCUUCAUUCCCGGAAGUGGCAAACCUUGUCACACUCUUACAAAACCAUCGCCAUCUGUUGGGCGCUUUCUUUUUUCGUCAUGAUCCCGAUCCCCGUUUACACGGAGUUUCGACACUUGAAAAGGGGAAAUAAUAUGUGUAUCGAGAGAUGGGGAAACGAGGAGUGGAAAAGGGCGUACACCAUCAUCAUUGACCUUGUUCUUCUGAUACUGCCAGUCAUUAUCAUGUCCAGUGCUUACGGAAUGAUUGCCAUGACACUUUGGGUUGGGAUGAAACGGGACGCCCAAAGUGAAAAAGAAGCCAUGAACGGCCACACAAGUGUCCGUGAGGAGACGACAGGUUUUAUGAAGGAUGAGGACCUCUCUCCAGUCUCGGAAGGAUUUAGCAGUAAGACGGUCGCACCCGCGGAGUCAUACAGCAGUCGGGCUAAAUCAAAGAGGAGGUUCGACCUACAACGGGGCAUGCGUCAGUCAAACAGCGAGAAGAGCAGGGCAGCAAAGAGACGCGUCAUCAAAAUGUUGUUUGCAGUGGUGUAUGAGUUUUUCCUGUGUUGGACACCAUUAUACAUAAUCCAAAGCUGGAUAAUUCUGGACGAGGAACAUGCAAUGCAACAUAUCUCAAUGACGCUGUUAGCAUUCAUAAACUUAACUGCGUACAUCUCCUCGUGUUGUAAUCCGAUCACAUACUGUUUUAUGAACCGUAAUUUCCGCCAAGGUUUUUUGUCUGUUUUUCGUUGUGUUCGCAACAAAAGAUGGAAGCGAGGCAAAAGUGACAUGUCGUAUUCUGGUAAUUAUCCUUCAAUGUCCCGGACGGCUAUAAGCACAGUGCCAUCUUACGACAAAAUACACGAUUCCUCGGACAAACCAUCUGACGACAUAUGAAACAAUUCUCAUAAAAACGUUUUGAUGAUGUGCCAUCAUGCGUGAAUUAUUUUUGUAAUUAAUGAUUGGUUUGUGUUUCGUUAAUUUUCAAACCGGACUAAGAAUCCUUCUGCAUCUAUUUGUAGUUAAGUUGUUGUUAUUUAUCAUCGACUAAUGUUUUGAUCGACAUGAUGUUGCAUGGCGUUGUUGUUGUAUCGCAGGAACAUUGACCAGCGCUAACCUGAGUUGGAUCAUUGUUGAUAAAUAUAAAUGGACCAGUAUCCUGAUUAAACUGUUUUUUUGAGGCGAUUCCUCAUUUUCUCUGUGGAAAUAUUUGUCUGUGUGUUGUAUACACAAAUGUAUGAUUAAUACUAUAACAUUGUAACGUCUACAGCCUGUUUUCGUGUCAAUAUAAUCGAACGAAAAUAUGUUUAGAUAACGGAAUCCUCAUAAUAUGAGAAUGAUACCAUGUAUACUUGACAUGUCACUUCUUCAACAAUAUCAUACACUUCACUAUGUCAGAAAUUGUAAUAGUUCGACGAAAUUGACAAUGCGGGAUUGAUAUUUAAUAAAUAUUACUAUGAAUUUUUAAACAAAAUAUUUUUCUAUGAUCGCAACUUAGAGGGUGUUUGUAUGACAAACGAGUACAAACUGUAACAACUGUAACUGUUGGUUUCUGAUAUCAUAAUUAUGAUGUAUUGAAUUCGAUUUGAAACGAUUUUGAGAUUAACACGACAAUAGAUAUGCUAUUAUACAAAGUGUCUUAAAAUAAAAAAAAAGGUAGGCGUCUCAUCAAAGCAUUGUUACAAAGAAUCGCUCAGUUGAUCAUAUAUCCGGGAUACUAAUGGUAUAGUGUCAAUGAAUUGAAAGAACAACUUUAUAUGUACAUACAAAACAAUUCAAGGCGCAUUCCAGGAACGAUUUCCUGUUUUAAGUCCAAUUUUCCAUCUUCUUGGUCAUCAUUUUCAUCGACUCUCUUAUUUUAGUUAAAUAAAAUGAUAUAUUAUUGAAAUGUGUCCCAUUAUCUUUUUCACGUGGUUUCAUGUAUGAGCCAACAUUCUUCUCUAUAACUCACUCCUGAAUUGUAAAUCCUGAAAACAGUUUCGGAAAAUGUCAUUUGAAACCCGCUACAAUUUGUAAAGGAACAACACACGGCACGCGUCAUAUUUUAAUAGGGGUUGACAUUUUUGAACUGAACAAAUUGUCGUUUCUGCUAGAAGAAAACGCAUUAGUGUAGCACCUUCCUUUGGUUAACGUACAACUGCCAGUCAGCUGCACCCGAUAAUCUGUUCUAUAUUAAUAAUGACGCGAACCGAUCAUUAAAACGCCCUUUGUUAUUCCUUCAGGGAAGGGUGCAAAUGACAAUGUCUUUGGAUUUCUGUAAAAACAGCAUGUAUUCAAACUUAUUUAGAAUUAAAUUGGAAUAAAAUUGCAUAUACAU